CACCCUGAGCAGAAGGCAGACCGGUAUUUUGUGUUAUACAAACCGCCCCCUAAAGACAACAUUCCUGCCCUAGUGGAGGAGUACCUGGAAUGUGCCACCUUCGUAGCCAAUGACCUCGACUGGCUCCUGGCCUUGCCACACGAUAAAUUCUGGUGCCAGGUUAUUUUUGAUGAGACCCUGCAGAAGUGCCUGGACUCAUACCUGCGCUAUGUACCCCGAAAGUUUGAUGAGUGGGUGGCCCCGACCCCUGAGGUUGCCGACAUGCAGAAGCACCUACACCGAAGCGUUUUCCUCACCUUUCUUCGAAUGUCCACUCACAAGGAAUCCAAAGAUCACUUCAUUUCUCCAUCUGCAUUUGGAGAGAUCCUCUACAAUAACUUCCUCUUUGACAUCCCAAAGAUCCUGGACCUCUGUGUGCUCUUUGGAAAAGGCAACUCACCACUGCUCCAGAAAAUGAUAGGAAACAUAUUUACCCAGCAGCCAAGUUACUAUAACGACCUGGAUGAAACUAUUCCCACCAUACUUCAGGUCUUCAAUAAUAUCCUCCAGCACUGUGGCUUGCAGGGGGAUGGGACCAGCACUACACCCCAGAAACUCGAGGAGAGGGCGCGGUUGACCCCCAGUGACAUGCCUCUCUUGGAAUUAAAGGACAUUGUUCUCUACCUGUGUGAUACCUCUAUCACACUCUGGGCCUUUCUGGAUAUCUUCCCUUUGGCCAGCCAAACCUUCCAGAAACAUGACUUUUGUUACAGACUAGCUUCCUUUUAUGAGAUGGCAAUUCCUGAAAUGGAGUCUGCAAUUAAGAAGAGGAGGCUUGAAGACAGCAAGUGA